AUGAUUCCAUGUGGCAAGACGCAGGAUGAAGCUUUCGUUCGAGGGUCCAUAAAACUUCACCAAGGCCUCCACACUGGGUCUUCUUUCAUGGCCACUUUGAGCAGCCCGGCUGUAGAGCAGUCGAUUGGCUGGGUUGGUGAAGGCGACCUCCUAGAUGAGGUCGAAGAUGCAGGAGUCAAAGGCAUCGUGUAG